GAUUUUUGGAAUUCUGAAAUACAGGAUAUAAUUAGUGAACAUUGCAUUUAGUUUUUCCUGUAUUCUUUGGUAUUUGUUGUUACGGUAAAUGUUAGGAGCUUAUGGCAAAGCCUACGAUAUAGCCCUUCCAUUAUCACAGAACUUGAAAAUUUAGUGAAUAGUUCUGCCUACCAAACAAAUAUCUUGUCUUUGUCCUGUAAAAUUCUAUUCAAGUUGCAUUUCAUUAAGAUAAAAUACUUGAAAAUUGUCAUUUUCGUAUUGUCAUUUUUUUGUUCUGCUAUGAUGAUUUUUGUAAUGUUGUACAUUAAAAAAUAGCCUACACAUUUUAAAUGCUGCAACAUUGACACUGCACACUACUCAUGAGAGCCUGGGAACUACUGAAGUGGCUUUAGCAAUCCCUGUAUUCAGCCCACAGCAACUGUCCGUGUCUCUGAUGUUGUGGGUUGGCAGGAUAUUCCAGGCCCUUUCCCUGCCACUUGUUUCCCCCAUUUCAGGAGGAAGUACAUGUAUUACAUGCACUUCACCUUCAAAAACAUGAAAAGAGGGUUUGAAAGAGCUAGUCAAGUUUCCUUUCUUGGAGUCACUGUUUCGUUCCAGCAUUGGCCUUGUCAAUUUACUGUCCUCUGAGAACAUGUAACAGAUUGGAAGCUUUUAAUGGGAAAAGAAACAACACAAAAAGAAGGCAGACUGGGCCCCUUUCAGGCAUUUUCAGAUCCAAAAGUUUGUUGUAUCAGCUCGUAUUUUGUAUUCUUUCCUCUUCAGUUGAAGUAGAGGCUUCUUUGGUGGCAGAUAUAUAGCUGGUCUGUUAGCUGAAAGAUGAACUGAAGACUGCUAACGGGCAGAUACUGAAUAUUUUACAGCAGUGCACUCAUGAGCCAUGGCAGCUUGAGAGAGGCCACAGCUGUCACAUCUUGGUUUCUUCUGGACUUUCAAACACACUGGGAGCCAACUGUUGCAGCCAGGGUACAGAGACAGCUUCUCCCCUGUCUUUCUGUAUUUCUGCUGGCACGUUUAAUGGCUAAUUCAGAAAAGAAAACUGUAGUGUGGCCCACCAAAUUUCCAAACUAUAAAAGUUAAUGCCUGUCAUAGUGUUAAAGACAUAGAUGGUAUGGAUGGUGUAUGAGGGUGAAAGGCAUUGAUAUAGUUUAUCGUAUCAUGUAUUUUAAGUUGGGAAUUGUUUUCUGGGUUAGUUUUGAUGCUGUCACUUACCUCCUUGCAUUUUUUCAGAGGUUGAUUUCUUGCUGUCACAUCAAAUAUAAGAUGUUCACGUUCACCUGAAGGGAUUUCAUAGACUCACUCUCCUUCCGUCAUCUUUCAUUUUACUUUGAUAAUGUGAUGAUUAUAGUUAAAUUAGCCAUUUGCAAAAUUUUCAAUACUUCUGUGCUGAUUCUCAGUUUUUUGGGGAGUUUCACUUGUGUUCAAAGCCGCAUAAUUGCACUGUUUCAUAAUCCUUCUUUAAAUUUUCCCUUUCAUUUGAGGACCUUUUCAUUUGGAGACUUCUCCUGUUUUACAGAUGAGUAUUUUACUCUAUUUCGUUCAGCUUUCCAUGUUAUGCCUGUGUCAUAUAUAACCCUAUAUUGUGCACACAGACUGUAAGCUUCUUUUAUGGAAGCAGAUGUCACUGUUUUGUUCGGUGACUUAUGCAAUACAUGCAGCAUAUUCCUGAAAUUCCCAGAUGUUGUGAUAAUGUACAUAAUAGCUCAAGCACCGUGCCUACAUCUUUUAGAUUAUUAGUUGUUGAAGACUGUGCUACCAUCUCCUUCAAAAAUAAGUGAGGUUUGUUCGGUGUGCAAUAGAAUUAAUGCAAUUUACUUUUUUUUGCCUUUUCUGCACUGCAAUAAUUUGAGUUUUUUAGUUCUGUGGAGACACCCUGCACAGAAGCUCAGUUCUCCCAUGCAUUUCCAGACCCCUCCCUAAAUCCAUUCAGAUGUUCUCUACAGUAUCUCAACACUAUCAGCCCUACUGCUCCAGCCUCCUCUCUGACUUCCUGACAGUACCAUCUCAUCUCUUUAUACUCUCAACACCCUUUCUCAUCCCGACCCAGGCUGUGAAGUAUGUUACAGAACCGUACAACAAGUGGAUGAAGGGGAAAGGAAAAGGUGCCGUUGGUAGCUAGGAUAACAACAUGGGAAAUACAACCACCAAAUUCCGCAAAGCUCUUAUUAAUGGAGAUGAAAACUUGGCCUGCCAAAUCUAUGAGAGCAACCCUCAACUAAAAGAAACUCUUGACCCAAAUACUUCUUACGGAGAAACAUACCAGCACAAUACUCCACUGCAUUAUGCUGCUAGACAUGGAAUGAAUCGUAUACUGGGAACUUUUCUUUUUGUUAGAGAUGGUAACCCGAAUAAACGGAAUGUGCACAAUGAGACAUCUAUGCACUUACUGUGUAUGGGACCUCAGAUCAUGAUCUCGGAAGGAGCCCUUCAUCCUCGCCUGACACGACCCUCGGAAGAUGACUGCAGAAGAGCAGAUUGUCUGCAAAUGAUCCUGAAGUGGAAGGGAGCAAAGCUGGAUGAAGGACAAUAUGAGCGAGCAGCCAUUGAUGCUGUUGAUAACAAAAAAAAUACACCUUUGCACUAUGCUGCUGCCUCAGGGAUGAAAACCUGUGUCGAGCUUCUGGUAAAACAUGGUGGAGAUUUGUUUGCAGAAAAUGAAAAUAAAGAUACGCCAUGUGACUGUGCAGAGAAACAACACCACAAAGAGCUGGCUCUUAACCUGGAAUCCCGAAUGGUAUUUUCACGUGAUCCUGAAGCUGAAAGCAUUGAAGCUGAAUACGCUGCUUUAGACAAAAAAGAGCCCUAUGAGGGUCUAAGACUUCAGGACCUGCGAAGGCUUAAGGAUAUGCUGAUUGUGGAAUCUGCUGACAUGCUCCAAGCUCCACUCUUCACUGCAGAAGCUCUUCUUCGGGCACAUGACUGGGACCGGGAGAAGUUACUUGAAGCAUGGAUGUCUAAUCCAGAGAACUGCUGCCAGCGUUCUGGGGUUCAGAUGCCAACUCCCCCUCCAAGUGGGUACAACGCCUGGGACACGCUCCCUUCUCCACGGACUCCACGCACCACACGCUCUUCUGUAACUUCCCCUGAUGAAAUCAGCCCCUCGCCGGGAGACAUUGAGACAGCUGUGUGUGACAUUUGCAUGUGUAAUAUUUCUGUGUUUGAAGACCCAGUGGAUAUGCCUUGUGGACAUGACUUCUGCAGAGCAUGCUGGGAGGCAUUUUUGAACCUGAAAAUUCAGGAGGGUGAAGCUCACAACAUUUUUUGCCCAGCAUAUGAUUGUUUCCAGCUUGUGCCUGUAGACAUCAUAGAAAGUGUGGUUUCCAAGGAGAUGGACAAAAGAUACCUUCAAUUUGAUAUUAAGGCCUUUGUUGAAAACAAUCCUGCUAUUAAAUGGUGUCCUAUACCAGGCUGUGAAAGAGCAGUAAGGCUAACAAGACAAGGAUCAAAUUCAACAGGAUCAGAUACACUUAGCUUCCCUAUGCUAAAAGCCCCUGCUGUAGAUUGUGGAAAAGGACAUCUUUUCUGCUGGGAAUGUCUUGGUGAAGCACAUGAACCUUGUGACUGCCAAACAUGGAAGGACUGGCUACAGAAAAUAUCUGAAAUGAAACCAGAAGAAUUGGUGGGUGUGAGUGAGGCUUAUGAGGAUGCUGCCAACUGCCUGUGGUUGCUGACAAACUCCAAACCCUGCGCCAACUGCAAGUCUCCAAUUCAGAAGAACGAGGGCUGCAACCACAUGCAGUGUGCAAAGUGCAAAUAUGACUUUUGCUGGAUAUGCUUAGAAGAAUGGAAGAAACACAGCUCUUCCACUGGAGGCUACUACAGAUGCACUCGCUAUGAGGUUAUUCAACAUGUAGAAGAGCAGUCCAAGGAGAUGACAGUAGAGGCUGAAAAGAAGCAUAGAAGAUUUCAAGAGCUUGAUAGGUUUAUGCACUAUUACACAAGAUUUAAGAACCAUGAACUUAGCUACCAGUUAGAACAGCGCCUUCUAAAAACAGCCAAAGAAAAGAUGGAGCAGUUGAGUAGAGCUCUCAGUGGAACUGAGGGAGGCUGUCCUGAUACCACAUUCAUUGAAGAUGCAGUACAGGAGCUUCUAAAAACUCGCCGCAUUCUUAAGUGUUCUUAUCCAUACGGAUUCUUUUUGGAGCCUAAAAGCACAAAGAAAGAAAUAUUUGAACUUAUGCAGACAGACCUAGAAAUGGUCACUGAAGACCUUGCACAGAAAGUGAACAGGCCUUACCUUCGGACUCCUCGCCAUAAAAUCAUCCGUGCAGCUUGUCUCGUGCAGCAGAAGCGGCAGGAGUUCCUGGCCUCCGUGGCCCGUGGGGUUGCUCCUGCAGACUCCCCAGAAGCACCCAGGCGCAGCUUUGCUGGUGGAACAUGGGAUUGGGAAUAUUUAGGAUUUGCAUCCCCCGAGGAAUAUGCUGAAUUUCAGUAUCGGAGGAGGCACAGACAGCGUCGACGCGGAGACAUGCACAGUCUGCUGAGUAAUACUCCAGAUCCUGAUGACCCCAGUGAGAGUACCUUAGACACUCAGGAAGGUGGCAGUAGUAGAAGACAUGGCACCUCCAUGGUGAGUUCAGCUUCUAUGGGUAUUCUGCACAGCUCUUCGCUUCAUGACUAUACCCCUGUCAGUCGCUCUGAAAAUCAGGAUUCUCUUCAGGCUCUGAGUUCUUUGGAUGAAGAUGACCCAAACAUCCUGCUAGCUAUUCAGUUAUCAUUACAAGAAUCUGGCUUGGCCAUAGAUGAAGAAACUAGAGACUUUCUAAAUAAUGAGGCAUCUUUAGGAGCAAUAGGUACCUCUUUGCCUACAAGAUUGGACCCUGCUCCUAUAAGUAUAGAUAACCCAAGAGGUGCUUUGAGCAGCUCUGAGCUCUUAGAACUUGGUGACAGUCUGAUGAGACUAGGUGCAGGCAGUGAUCCUUUUUCAGGUGAUCGUCUUCAUUCCCACCCCUGCGGUGACACAAGAAGUGGAUUAUACUCAACAUCUAGUGAUGCUGAUUCCAGCAGUCAAGAUCCCAAUACCAGUGAAAAUCUACUUGGAAAUAUUAUGGCCUGGUUUCAUGACAUGAACCCACAGAGUAUUGCUCUGAUCCCCUCAACAAGUACAGAAACAGAUGAGGAUUCACAGCAACCCAGUACUGAAGAUGGGUCAGCAGGGCAGCCAAAUAUUACAGACCCAGGGCUGGAGCCUCAGGAGGAGCAUGCACUGUUUGAGGAUGCACUUAAAAAUGAAGGCAGAGGAACCCAAACAGAGGAAGUCACUUCUCAAGAAAACAUUAUUCCAGGUGAAAUGGUAUCACAAAGUGGUGAUAAUAACAGAGAGGUAACAAGAACCCUGGAUGCUUCAGGAGAUACUUUGAGUCAGACUCCUCAAACCUCAAGUGAGUGGAUUGAACAUGUGCAUCUGGUAUGAACGCAAACUAAACCCGGAGUAAAUGAAUGGCAACGACAGAUGGUACAGUAUGUGGAGUAAGCAUUAUGGAGGCUUUGAUCCACAUAAUUACAGCUCAGUUGUAACCACUGACGUAACAAUGGAUAUGUAGGAGCUCUCUUGAAUUGUAGUUCUUCAUAAUAAUGUGAACCUUUCAAGGAAUAUCCUUUGCAUUUAAUUAGGUAGUACUUGCCUUUUUGCUCUCAAUUAAAAGGAAUAAUUAGGUUGUAUUCCACAUUCCUAAUAUAAUGCAGCAUCUGUUUAGCCUUAGGUUGAUGAUCCUUAACUUGAAAGUACAGAUUAAAGGCUUACACUGAUUAUUUUCAUUGGUUUUCCUAAGAAAUAGUUUAUUCAAUUUUUUAGAACUCAUUCUUUUACCGAAGUAACAUUUAGCAGUUCAUUUGGGUUUGUUUUCCAUAACUUUUCCUCACCCCUUUUUCAUUUUUGUUAGCAGUGUGAGCAGAGGUGUAUUUAAUGCUUCUCUUUAGUACUGCUCCAGGAACAAGUUUUAGGGGAUGUACUUUCCCAUUAAAAUCAAGGAUUUUUUCAUGUCUAUUUCAGUCCAAAUGUGCCAAACUGUGAAUAGUUAGCUGGCAGUAACCUAACAAAACAGUGCAGUGUUACUCUAUCAAACUAAUCCCACAAUUCUUAGCAGUGAAAGAAACCACUGGGUAGCAUUGCUUCUCUAAAUUUAACUGGCAUGUGUUGCCAUGGUGACUGCAUUUAAUUAAAUGUAGCCUGUAUCUUAAGUUAAAAAAACCUAAUGCUGCUGUUAAACAGUUAUUUUAAAUAUUAAAAUACAGUGAGUUAGCAACAGCUAUGCUGUAUUUUAAGAGACACUUUAAUGGAAGUGCAAUCAUAGUUCUUUGUUUUCAUAAUUCUACAAAGCAUUCUAUGCACUAAUAGUGCAAUUACUUUUAAUUAUAGCAUUUUAUAAAAAUAUAGGAAUACAGAAUUUUCAUAUAUUAGCCAGUCCCACAGUUAAAGUUCAGAUGACACAUUCUGCUCAACAUGUUAUGGUGCCUUUGCCUAACCCAACUGGAGAGUUGCCACAGUUAAACAAGUAAUUCAAAUUCAGUGUCUGUUCUGGAGUAACUAUGCUAUUAAUUGCAAAGACCUCCAUAAAACCACCCAUGGCCUUGCCUUUACAGUAAAUAACUAAAUGUUCAGUCAGUGUUUUUGCAUAAACAAAACACUGCUAGGUAUUUGUUCAAUUGCACAAUAUUCAUUUGCUGUGUGAUUAAUGUUUAGUGUAAAAAAAAAAUUUUUUAAGUACAAAAAAUAAUAAUAAUAAAAAAAACAUUAAAACCCCUUUUCCUAGUUGUUGUACCGUGAAAAAAAAUAAUACUGGUUUUAGAUUUGCUUAAAAGCAUCAGUCUACAGUUAGUGAGAUGCAAUGGUACCUUAUGUAAUUACAACUAGAGUAAGUUGUUGAAAUGGCUGUUUUAAUUACAUAUAAUCAAAACUUGUCAUAAAACAAGCAAAUUGCAUACACUCCGUUUUAAGUUCUGCUUAACUGUUACCAGAGAUUUGUUGAUUUGAUAAGAUAUAAAAGUUUAUUACUACUGAGUGUGUAUAGGCAAGUGUCAUGAUAGCAGAGUUUAUGUAUUGAUUACUGUGAGUUCAAGUGAGUGUUUUGGUAACUAAUUCAUGCAAAUCCAGCUUCUGAACCUUGCAGUCACAAGGUUCGUAUUAGUAAGAAUGAAAUAAGAAUAUUUUACCCUUACCCCAUAAAAAACCUAGUUUGUUUUGCAAGCAUCUUUAGAGAGAAUGAAAUAGAAUAGUCUCAAAUAAUUUUCCAACUUUUCCUCUAGCUGCCCUGACAUAAUCAUGACAUCUUUGAGAAUACCUAUUUUAAAUUGUUCUGUGGUAUAAAAUCCUUCAACUUAAACAGUUCUUCGUGAGCUAUCAUCAUGAAUUGGUCUGAAAGUUGUCUAACUUAAAUAACGUCCUUGAAUUGUAAUUUCUGAAUAGAAAGAUCCUCUCAAAAAGAUUACGUAUUGCAUUGAGAUGUCUUGCAAAGUUACAGUAAGGUAUGUAAGAGUGCUCUCUGUGAAGAUAGUGAAGUUUGUGGGUUCUGGUUUUUUUGUAAUUUGGUUAGGUUGUGCAGUAUAUCCAUUGUUUCUGUGUUACUCUUAAGAGCAUGAAAUUAGCCUAUUAAAUUUGUAUUUUCUUGGUACUUAUUUUAACACCAUAGUCAUUGACUUUACAAUUCAAAAAUAAAGUUUGGCAAGACUAUUUUGUAAACCUGUUAAUUUUAUAAUGUAAAAAAAUUACUCUAACCUUGAAUUGUUAUUUGCACUUUCAUAGUCUAUACUUGAUACAUUCCCACUUUAUAUACAAGUAGGAUACUACAACCAUGUAGAUGUUUGGCCAAAUGAAUGCUGUUAAUAAUAUGUAAAAUUCUUUGAUUAAACAUUUAUUACUUAAACUAA